UUCCUCUGAAUAACCUCAAAAUGAGAAAAUAAUAACAGUGGUUUUUUUUAAAAUUAAUAAUUUCUGAAUUUUAUUGGAUGAUAAGAUUUACUAGAUAUGGUUAUUUGCAAAUAUUAUUUACAAGGUAUAUGUAAAUUUGGAAGCAGUUGUUAUAAUGAACAUCAAAAUCCACAGAAUUAUGUGGAUAAUAGGCAGUCAACGUCAAUUUUGCGCCAAUCAAAUUUUGGGGCUCCUCAACAUAUCCCUCAACCUAGCAAACCUACAGGAAAUGUUGAUCUAAAUACACUAAUAAAAGCAGUGAUUACAGAUACAACAGGGGCUGAAAAAGGUGGGCAAUGGCUUCUUUCAUGUUAUGCUCCGUAUAAGGAGAAACCUGCUUUCCCUGGUUUUGAAGAUACCAGCCCAGAAGAAAUUAGAUUAGGUUUUUAUGAAGCACAAAAAAAUGGAACACUGGAUCAAUAUAAACAACAACUCCAAGGAUUACAUCAAAGAGAACUUGCGAAAAUACGAGCAUUACAAAAUCCAGAUAAAGAAGUUAUUAAUAUUUUGCAAUGUAUCUAUAACACUCCACCAUCAAGCUACAGUGGGACUUAUGGAGAAAACAGCAUUACUCAAGCCAGUAAUACAGGUCAACUAGUAUAUGGAGCUCAAACUAAUCCCACAUAUACUUUAAAUGAUAACAUUUUCAAUAGACAGCAAAAUAAUAGAAACAUUUUUGGAGGAAACUCAAAAGAUGUCUUUAAUACUUCACAACCUCAAGCUCAAGCAACUUUAUUUAACAGUUCAGCUGCCAAUGUAUUUAGUCAUAAUCAAAAUAAUAUAUUCAACAAUCAAGUAAAUUCAAAUAUAUUUACAAAUACAAAUUUGCAAGUGAAUAAUACAAAUGCAGCGGCCCCCCAAAUGAGUGGGAAUGUAUUUGCAACAUCAUCUGGUAUUUUUUCUGGCGGGAGUCAAAAUUUAUUCAGUACACAAAAUACUAAAAAUGUCUAUGGUGAACCACCAAAAGCUUUACUUAACCAACAACCAAAUAUAUUUAAACCUACAAAUCAAACAAAUAAUAUUCAAGUACAAAAUAUUUUGACUUCACAACAACCUGCAAAUCUAUUCAACUCUAAUCAAAACGUUUUUGGGACUGUACCAAACUUACAAGAAACUCAGUCAAUUGUAGAUACACAGAAAUACUCUGCGUCUAUAUUUGGAACUCAAAUUUUUAAUGUAAAUCCUGUGAGCGAUCAAAACAAUAUCGACGAAACUCUUUAUUCCAAGGAAGAAGAAUUAACCGAUAUAGAAAAAAAAUGGUUUGAAAGUGAUAGUAUUGAUUUAAUGAAUAUUCCCUCUAAGCCACCAAUCUAUAAUAUGUGUUUUAAAACAUAAUUAUUUUGAGUUGUACAAGGAUUCUCUAAAUAUUUCUUAUUCCAGUCUAUAGAAACAAAUGACUUUAAUGUAUAUAAUUUACUAACAUCUGAAAUAUACAUAUUAAUUAUCUA